AUGAAUCCUCCAGAACCACCCAACCAUCCCUGGGCCCCCUUCGCCAUCCUAACCCCCCGACUCAUAAUCCUCCCCACCCCAAUCGCGAUCUCCUCCCCCACCUACCGCAAGUUGUACGCCUCCCUCCACGCCAACCCCGACUUCUGCACAAUGGGCUUCGGCGCCCACUUCCCGGUCCGCCAAUGGACCGACCCGGAAACCCGAGAGGUGAUCCAAACCGGCGACAUCGCGCGCUGCUGGCGCGUCCGCGGGAUGGGCGACUGCGCCGUGGGACUGCGCCCGUCCGCCCUCCCCAUCCCCAUUUCCGCGGAAUCCACCUCCAGCACCGAUAUCACCAUCCUAACAGGCGAUGACUUCACCAGUCUUCCCACUGAUUUGGAUGCAAUCGAGUGGGUAGGUUACGCCGGCGUCCGCGACGGCACGACGACCUCGAUCCCCGCCCGCGAGGCCGGGGAUCCGCCCCUUCCGCCAUGGGAGGAGAUGGUCGAGGUGCGCUACGGGGUGGCGCCGGGGCAUUGGGGCAAGGGGAUCGCGGCGGAGGCGGCGGGGGCGGUGAUGCGGUGGGCGGUGGAGGCGCGCGGCGUGAGGAGGUUUAUUGCGGAGACGGAGAGGCCGAAUGUGCGGAGUGCGAGGGCGUUGGAGAAGUUGGGGUUUCGGCGGAGUGGGACGGGGUAUUGGAAGGAGCCGGGGGAGGUGGAGUGGGAGUUUGUUGUUCGGUAA